AUGGGUAAAAAAGGGGCAGCUAAAAAAAUUUAUGAUUCAGUAAAAAGCUUUAAAAAAUUGAUUGACUCAAACAGUGGAGAAAUUCAAAAACUAAACAAUAUCAUUCCUGCUAAUGAAGAACUUUCACUUUUAAUUAAAAGCAUUGUACCAUAUGAUGAUAAAGAUGCUGAUAAUAUAUUAAAUAACACUUCAAAUAAAAGAAGAGUUCAAAGAAGUAACCAAUGCACUUUUUAUAGUGUUGCUGAAUCGAUCAUUGAAAUGGUUCCAAUAUCAAAUUUUAAUGUAUGUCUUUUUUUAAUUAUAAUGGCCUAUUAUUACGACCAUUAUAAUAGAAACAAAAACUUUUCAAUAUAUAGAACCAUAAUGUUACACAAGGUAGCAGGUGUUGCAUCAAGAUUCUAUGACUUAGAUUCUGAAGUUGGUAAUGAAGAUGAUCCAAAUCAAAGUGGAAUGGUUAUUGAUGCUUUGAAUAAUCAAAAAAAUGUAUCUUUUGCCAUAGAACUAACUCUAGGAUUAUGGAGAACAUUCGAAAAAUGUGCUAAAGGUAAAACAGAAGAUGAUGCAGAAACUGAUUUAGAAAGAAGUGAAAAAGAUGAAGAGACAUCCAGACAUGCAAUGAAUAUAGUUGGAUACAAUUAUAAAAAAGAAUGCUUCAUCGUCAAAAACCAUUGGGGUGAAGAUAAAUUCUUUUAUCUUCCAUUUAAGGUUUUGGAUAUGAAAAAAUUAACAAAACCAAUAUUGAUUUUUUUUAAUAAAAAUAAAUAA